AACCCAUUCCACGUUAUGAACUUUUCGAUGACCAGCCAUGAUGUUAAAAGUUACUUAGAAAAAAUAUAUAAAAUACCUGUAAUGCAAGUAACUACCAGAGUAUGGAGUGGUGAAAUUAAGAAAAAUGAAUAUUUUGGUCAUCUGAGAAAGGAAGAUGACUACAGAAUGGCAUAUGUUGUAUUACCUAGAGAGUAUAAAUUCGAAUUUCCCGAGUUGUUUCCGAAGGAAAAGAAGAAGGAAGAAGAAAAGGAAUUGAAAGAUUUCGACAAGAGAGUGAACGAAUACAAGAAGAAUAUCUGGAACGAAAAUAGGGCAGAUCUUCCACCCUGGUUCAACAUAUAAAACUAUUCGUAGGAAUAUUUAAAUAGAGCAGAAUUCUUUGUUAUUUGAAAGAAUAUUUUCAAUUGAUAAACCAAAUAAAAAUAAAUAAAUAAAAUUG